UAAUGCUAACCUCAAAAUUUAAACAAAAACAAUAUAACUCAAAAUCAAAAACUGGCAAAACUGCAAAUUGUGUCCUAUUAAAGGAUGGAUUAAGAGUUAAGUCCAUAUAAUAAUAGUUUAUAAGUAUAUGGUUAAGCCCAAAUAAACAGGACAAACAAGUACCAGUUUUAAUAUAAGGCAACAUACAACAUUAAUACUAAUAAGGAAUACCUUUAGAAAUUUAGACCUAUUACUGCCAUUUUAUAAUGACAACUAUAGAAAGGGUUCGAAUCAUGGUGCUGGGAGACUCAGGUGUUGGUAAAACAUCCUUUGUUCACCUCGCAGCCCAUAAUGAACCAGUGAAAUCACCCAGUUGGACCAUAGGUUGUUCCGUUGAAGUGAAACUACAUGAAUAUAAAGAAGGAACCAGAGACCAAAAGACGUUUUUUAUUGAAUUCUGGGACGUAGGAGGUAGUAAGAUCCACAGCAAUGCACGCAAGGUAUUCUACCAUCCAUGUCAUGGUGCUAUUUUGGUGCAUGAUUUGAGUAACAGAAAGAGUGAAGAAAAUCUGCAGGGGUGGCUUCAAGAACUUUUGCUACAUGACCAUCUCAAUGGAAGCCAUCUGAACUAUAGGGAGCAUACUGAAGAUGUAACAGAUGCAGAGAAUCUUCUGGGAAUGACAAAUUUUAUGCCUAUAUUGGAAGUAGGGACGAAACUUGACCAGGCAGAUGAGAAGAGGUCAAACUUAUCAAAUAAUAAUAGCUUUAGAUGUAAAUAUAAUGCUGAAGAGAUAUUAUUGGACUGUAGACAAGCAAGGUAUUUAGCUGCGGGGACCUCAAAUGCAGUUAAACUUAGUCGGUUUUAUGAUAAAGUUAUUGAAAAUAAGCUACAAGAUAGACAAAAGUCAUUCUCAGAGAGAUUUAAGAGCAAUGCCAUUUCUCCUAUAUACAGCUCAAAGUAUUAUUUGUCUCAUCAUGAUUAAUUAGAGGUACACAUAUAACAUUGAAAAGAACACACUAAUUAAUUAGUUAACAUCUGGUAUCAACUCAUUAAUAAUUUAUGAAAACAGAUGUUGAGAUAAUCUGAUUUAUUCUUUUUUUAUGUAUAUAAUUAUAUUAGAUUUACCUCAAAUCUGACUGUUAUUGUAUAUUACUUUAAUAACCAUUUGCAUUAGUAAUAGCCAGUGGCUUAAAUAGUAGUUAUAUAAUUCUUAGUGUUUAAUUUUACUAUUUAUAUGUUGGUUGGCUGCCAGUUAGUGCCCAACUCUAGACUUUCUCUUAUAGUUAUUUUUUUAAUUUGGGGAUUUUUUUUUGUUAUUUAUUGGAGGGUUUUUGGACCUAGUUUAUGUUGAAGGCUCAUACUGCUGAAAUUGACUUUCAAUUUGUGAUAAUUUACUGCUGAAUGUUAGACAAAUUAGGUCUAUAUUAAAUUUUUAGAGAUCUGAGCUGUUUUUUUAGGUCUCUUGAUGGUUUACAAACAAAAAUUAUUCACAAAAUAUAUAUAUUGUCUUAUUAAAUCUAAUAUUAUUUGA